AUGGCUGGGAAGAGGCCUCUGAACGGCGGGAGGUGCAGUGCCUCUGGGGAGGGCUGGGCAGGGGCUGCCUGGGUAGCAGGAGCCCCUCCAACCUGCUGCCCUCUGCGGCUUCCUGUCCCCUGCAGCAUCCUCGCUCUCCAGGUCCCCAAUGCCAAGAAGCUCCAGCGGAAGGAGCAGCUAUGGGAGAAGCUGGCGAAGCAGGGCGAGCUGUCCCGAGACAUGCACAGGGCCCAGGCCUGGCUUCUCCACCCUCCUGUGGCCAAGAGCAAGCCUGGGCCCAAGGACACCAUCCAGCAGCUCUUCUAUGACCUCUGGGCCCCGGACAGUGAGUGUUCUCGACCCUCUGGACAGGGACAGGAUGCCUUCUUCCUGGAGCCGACCAAGAAGAAGGGAGUGAGGCGGCCACCUGGUCUCCACAUCAAGCCCUCCCCGGCACCUGCUGUGGAGGUGACACCUGCAGGAGCCUCCUACAACCUGACCUUCGAGGACCACCAGGCCCUGCUCUUGGUGGCCCAUGAAGAGGAGCUUCAGCGCAAGAAAGAGGCAGGAAAGCUGGAGCCCUUGGUGGCCCUGCCCGCCACAGAGCAGGCUGCCACCCAGGAGAGCGCAGCCUGCCCCGCCCCCUGCCCCACCCGCCUGGUCCCCUGCCCCUGCUCCCCACCCUGUCCCCUUCCCACACCCAGCCCCCUGCCCCACCCGCCCCUGUCCCCUGCCCCCUGUGGCGCGGAGACCUCACAGGCACCUGGCCGCCUGCCCUCCAUGGAGAAGGAAACGCAGCAGAGGUGGUGGGAGAAGGCCGCGCGGAGGCUGAGGGUGCAGCAGGCGUCGCUGUGGGCUGCCCGGCUCAGGCACCAGGAGUUCUUCAGGCUGUGCGGGAUCAAGGCACAGGGGGCCCAGCGGCUGGUGGAGCUCAUUUAAAAAAAAAAAAAAAAAAGACUUAGGGUCAGUGAAAGCAAAAACCGAGAAGUUCUGUGCAUGUCUUGUACUGCGUCGCCAAUAAAAUGGGGGACCCUGUGCAUGGUGGUAUUGAGUGACAGCGACUCUAUUGAGCAUGUCCGUGUGGUGUUUGCGGGUCUGUGUUGUGCUGCGGUGUUCGAGAUCCAUGUGAAAGUCUGGGAGUGCGUCUGGAUUUUUAAGCAUCCCCCCGCGCCCGGCAUUGGUUCGCGCGCGGAGCGAGGAGAACCAGCUUUGGGCGCGGUGCCCGAGAGCACUGCGGUCGCGCAUCCGCGGAGCCCGGUGGGGUCGGAGCGUCCGCUGUGCGGAGGUUGCCGCGUCGCGGUCAUGGCUCUGAAAGUCCGAGUUGUUUACGGACUCCGAGGGGCUUGGCUGCGGGUCGGGUGGAUCUGUGCACUCAUGGGACCCACCCCUCGGCUACACUCGGAUUCCCCGCCCCCGAACAGCCCUUGUGUCAGGACGGCCUCCUGCAACUUCCUGGGUUUAGAAAAGAUGCAAAUGACAACGUUGGCGCCGCUGCCCGUGGGUGCCCGUGCUGCCAACCCCACUCUUCUCCGGCCACAGUUUCCCCUCGGUAGUGAGAAGAGAGCGAACUUAGUAGCUCCUGCCCAGGGAGCGCUGCACGCCCCCCACCCCCCGACUGCCUUUGAACCUAUUUCCUCUGCUCAGAGGAUCUGCCCUGGCACCUCAUUCUAUGCUGGCAUGCAGUAG